CUGCCCAGUUUUGACAGCUUCAGGCCGCCUGGAAUGGGAGGGAGCAGGAGGUAUCGCGAGAGUUGGCCCCAAGCCUUGUGGGAGCAGUAAUUAUGGCGAGCUUGGGGGUAGAGGCUGAGCAGGAGCCGCUCUUAGGCCACAGCAUACCCGGAAGCAGAGAAUGGGAUAUUAUAGAAACUGAGGAGCAUUAUAAGAGCCGAUGGAGAUCAAUUAGGAUUCUGUAUCUUACUAUGUUUCUUAGCAGUGUAGGAUUUUCUAUUGUGAUAAUGUCAAUAUGGCCAUAUCUCCAAAAGAUUGAUCACACUGCCGAUGCAAGUUUUUUGGGCUGGGUUAUUGCUUCUUUUAGCCUUGGCCAAAUGGUAGCUUCACCUAUAUUUGGUUUGUGGUCUAACUAUCGACCAAGAAAAGAGCCUCUUACUGUUUCCAUUUUCAUUUCGGUGGCAGCCAACUGCCUCUAUGCAUAUGUCCAGGUUCCAGCUUCUCAUAAUAAAUACUACAUGUUGGUUGCUCGUGGAUUGGUGGGAUUUGGAGCAGGAAAUGUAGCUGUUAUUAGAUCAUAUAUUGCUGGUGCUACCUCUCUUCAGGAAAGAACAAGUUCCAUGGCAAACACAAGUGCAUGUCAAGCAUUAGGUUUUAUUCUAGGUCCAGUUUUUCAGACUUGUUUCGCACUCAUUGGAGAAAAGGGUGUGACAUGGGAUACCAUUAAGCUGCAGAUAAACAUGUACACAGCACCAGUUUUACUUGGCGCCUUCCUGGGAAUUUUAAAUAUUAUUCUGAUUCUUACUGUAUUAAGAGAACAUCGUGUGGAUGACUCAGGACGACAGUGUAAAAAUAUUAAUUUUGAAGAAGCAAGUACAGAUGAAGUUCAGGUCCCCCAAGGAAAUAUUGAUCAAGUUGCUGUUGUGGCCACCAAUGUUCUGUUUUUUGUGAUUCUGUUUAUCUUUGCCCUUUUUGAAACCAUUGUUACUCCAUUAACAAUGGAUAUGUAUGCCUGGACCAGAGAACAAGCUGUGUUAUAUGAUGGCAUAAUACUUGCUGCUCUUGGAGUUGAGGCAGUUAUUAUUUUCAUGGGGAUAAAAUUACUUUCCAAAAAGGUUGGCGAGCGUGCUAUUCUGCUGGGAGGACUCAUUGUUGUAUGGGUUGGCUUCUUUAUCUUGUUACCUUGGGGACAUCAGUUUCCCAAAAUACAGUGGGAAGAUUUACAUAAUAAUUCAAUCCCUAAUACCACAUUUGGAGAAAUAAUUAUUACUCUUUGGAAGAUUCCAAGAGAAGAUCACAAUGAAGGACCAACUGGUUGCCCAGUUGAACAAGCCUGGUGCCUCUACACCCCCAUGAUCCAUCUGGCCCAGUUCCUCACAUCAGCUGUGCUAAUUGGAAUAGGCUAUCCAUCCUGCAAUGUUAUGUCAUAUACAUUAUAUUCAAAAAUUCUGGGGCCAAAACCUCAGGGUAUGUACAUGGGCUGGUUAACAGCGUCUGGAAGUGCAGCACGGAUCCUUGGACCUGUCUUCAUCAGCCAAGUGCAUUCUCCAUUUUGUGGCUUGUCUUGCCAAAAGGACCCAGGAAUCAAAUAAAGGGACUUAUACUAGCCAAAAAUGGGACAAUUAAAGCAUUGAGAAGAAUAAUAUCUGCAGCCAAUUUAAACACAUCGAAUGUGUGAAAAUCUGUGAGUUCAUAAUGAUAUUAAAAGUAAGAAACACACUGGUCACCUUUGGAGGUUGCCAGGGCUUUAACUCUUUACUCUAAAAACCAGGAAAUAAAGACUUAAGCUUCUCUUCUGCCUUUCCUGUAUCUAAACUUCAGGGUAAUAAAAUAUUGAUGAGGGAAAGUUAUUUCCUAUAGAAUAAUCCAAGCUAAUAAAUACAAGGGAAUAAUAGAAUUAGAAAAACCCCCAUCUAGCAUCCUUUAGUGAAAUAAUAUUAUAGAUAUGGGCACCAUUCAUCAGUGAAUGAUAAAACUAGUGAGGUGGAAGAUUAUUGAGGAACUUUCCAAAGGAUGGAUGAAGCCAACACCUGAACGCACUGAUCACUCUUAACAUCAUUAAAAGUGGGUAAGCGUUACGUGCCUCCUGAUUUGAUGCAGCAAGUACUCAGCACCACCUAUGAAAGUGUUCCUGCCAAAAAACAUUGAGUCAGAAUCUAAUCAAGCCUGUAGAUGUAAACUACCAGUUUAUAGGAAAUACGAAAGAUACAACUAAAAGCCACCUCUAGGAAGUAAUCAUCUAAGCCCAGAAGAUGAUAUAUUCUAUAGACAAAUGGUCCAGUUUCUUAAAAUUAAAAAAAAAAUGCCGUGGAAAAAAUAAAAGUUGAGAGAUCAGCAGUCAUAGAUGAAAAGAAACUUCAGAGAUAUAUAAAUCAAAUGCAUUAUAUAGAUCUUAUUUUGGAUCUUGUUUUAAGUCAAAUGUAAAAGGGUAUUUUUGAGGUAACUGGAGAAAUUUGAAACUGGACUCACCAUUAAAUAUUAAGGAAUUACUGUAAAUUCUGAGAUGUGUGUUAUUGGUUAUGCUUUUAAAAGCUCCUUAUCUGUUAAAGGUACUAAAGAGUUUAUGAUAGAAAUUAUAUGAUUUCUGGGAUUUGCCUCAAAAUACUCCAGUGGGGGAAGGAUAUCAGUAAGAGAGAUGUAACAGGAUUGGCAAAAUAUUUGUUGAAGUUGGGUGGGAGACACAUGGAGGUUCCUUAUCCUGGUAUAUCUGUACUUCUGUUUUUAAAUUUCCACAAUUAAUUUAACGUAAGUUAAUAACAUAAUCAGCUGUGUAUUUUAGAAUGAGCUGGCUGCAGUGUGAAGUAUGAAUUGGAAUGGAUGUGGAGGACAUUUAUCAUGUAUGUGACCACUCUUCACUUCCUGCAGACCCUUCUACAUUUGGAGAAUUUCUCACAUUGAGCCUCUCCUUUUAGAUAGAAGCCAAAAUGCAUUCGUUCUCUCUACCUUUGCAGCCAGGCCAUGAGCUUGUGUUUCUGGCUCUGCCAGUACACUCCUCCAAUGUGAAACUUCAUAAGGAACUGAGCAAAAGGAGGAAGUGAGCAAUAUAAGCAAAACUUACUUUAGUGAGGGAGCAAGGUCAGUGGCUAAAUUCUCGAGAAAGCCGUCAGAGCUCCCAGAACCUAGUCCCCUAGCUUCAUCAGCAUGGCUGUGGGAUCUGUGCUGAGCAGCGUUGUUAGGAUGUCUUCUUCUGGGGAAGCUCCUACAUUAUGAUUCAGCCAUUGUUUUUAGCUGCAAAGCCUGAAUCUCUUUCCCUCCUUGAGGGUCUGUGAGCUGAUAUCCUUUAAUAAAUAUAUUCUCUGUGUAAACUAACUAGGUUAGAUUUUGAUGUUUGCAAGUAAAAACCCUGACUCAUACAGGAGGCAAGAGUAGAUGUUUAGAGACGAGCAGGAGGCUAUUGCAGUAGUUCAGAUGAGUGAUGCUGGUGACUUGAAUUAGGGAACUGACAGUGGAAUUGGGAAUUUAAAGCAUGUAAAAUAUAUUUUAGAGGUAGACUUGGAUUAACUGGUGAUUAGAUGAGGUAAAAGAAGGUGUUAAGAAUGAGUUCCAGGAUUCUGACAUGAACAGCUAGUGAUGCAGAUGCCAUUUACUGGAAUAAAUACUGAGGAGAAACAGGAAGAGUGCAGUUGAACUAAUGUUGUCAUAGACAACAAAGGCAUGCCAGACAGAUAUGCCCAUAAAACAGAUAAAAACAGAAUGUAUUAUAAAAUGAGAUGAAAGAAAUUACGAAGUAAUGGAAAGAUUAAAAAAUAACAUCGUAAUUUGAAAAACUGAGAAAUGGGAAAAUUUCCCAAUGAACUAGAGAAGAUAAUAGGAAGGUAUGAAAAUAUUGCUGGCCGAGCUCAGGAAAGAAUACAAAACUUAAAAAAUAAUUUCAGACAUGAAGAACAAAUUAGAAGGAACACAAGAGUAAAUAAGAUGCCAUAGAUAACUUCUUAAGGGAAAUUAAAGAUGGAGGAAAAUUAAAAUAACAGAGAAAAAAAUGAUGUGGAGAAAGUGAUGGAUAUAAAAAUUAGGCACAGGUGAUUUAACAUACAUAUAGCAGAAGUCCUUGAAGAAGAAAACCAAAAGCAAUGAAACAGAACAAAUUCUAAAAACUUUAAUUCAAGAAAAAUCUGCUGAAAGAAAAUUUAAAUAUGCAUAUGAAAAGGAAAUUCAACGUGAAAGAAGGGAGGAAAGGAAAAUAAAAGCAAAGAAGUAUGGUUAGUAGAAAACAGAAUAAGAUGGGAAGUAAAUGCAAUAGAACUGUAAUGACAAACAGUGAAAAUAAAUCAGAAAUGAUAAUAAAUGUAAACAAAGUAGACUACAGAGCUUAUUACAUUGGAUUGAAAAAAUUCAGCUGUAUUGUAUAUAUAAGAGAAAUACCUGAAACAUAGAUACAUUAAGACUUAUUAAGGAGAUGAUAAAAAAAAUACACCUAAAUUCUGUCAAAGCAAAAUGUAUUUGAGUCUUUAGCUUUCAAAAUUAAGCUAGGACUUCCUUUAAUUAUUUCCAUUUUUAAGAGGAAAUUCUUUCUUCUAAUCAUAUUUUUAUCCCUAAGAGAAGGGUUUACAUAAUUUUCCUCCCCAAAGUUGGAUUACCUAUGUAUUAAAAUAAUUCUAAUAGAUAUUGCCAAAUUGCUUUAUCAUUUACACCGUAAUCAACACCACCUGAGAAAGCCCUGCUCAUUGUACCACUAUUAUUAUUUUUUACGAAUCUUUCAUAAAGGGAAAUGAUUUUUGUUUUAAUCUUGUAUUUCUCCGACUACAGAUGUGGUUGAGUAUAUUAUAUGGAUUUUGAUUCAUUAUAUGGAUUUUCUCCUUUGUGAAUUAUCUGUUCAUAUCUUUUGCCUAUUUUUUUAUUGGGUUGUCUUUUUCUUAUUAACUGUGCAACUUAUGUUACAAAUUAUUAUUUUUCUUCUCAUUGCCGUUGUUAACAACCUCCAAAACAAUGCUGAAUAAUUGUGACAUUGGGUAUUCCUGACUAUUUAAUGGAAUUGGCUCCAAUAUUUCUCUGAUUAUAAAAAUCAGCAGGAAGCAUUAACAGUC